AAUGAUGAACAACUCAAACAGAAGAAAAUUGAAGAGUAUGAAAGAAGAAGAGCAGGAAAGCUUGGACUAAUUAACUCUUCAUCAGGAAAUAAACCACUAUUCAAUGGUCCAUCGGAAGCUCUGAAACUAAGUGAAAGUGAUCUGCAUAGAAUCACUGUGAGAAUUCAUAGAAAAAUAUCAGCUUCAUCAGUCGAAAAUACUGCAAUUAAUCGUGCAGUUGUUAACCCAGAGGAGAUAAAGUUAAAAAGAAGAACAGGAGAAGGAGCGAAACCGAUAUUCGACCGCGAAGAGUUGAAACCAGCUGAAGUCGAAGUUGAAGAACGCCGCAUCGUCGAAUACUUUUGUGCCUAUUACAAACAUAAAUCCAAAGACGUUAAGGCAGCUUAUUGA